CCUCCGCACUCACUCUUUGUACAGAGCAGAGUAAGACAUCCACCCACCAUGGUUGCCACCUUCACCAGCAGGUCCACGCGGUUCUCCGGUUCAGGUGGAGGAGGAGGAGGCCUGAGGUCUGGCAGCGUCUAUGGAGGCGCAGGAGGUUCAGGAGUCAAAAUCUCCAGUUCUUCAUAUGGAUCAGGAGGCGGCUAUGGCUUCGGUGGAGGCACAGGUGGUGGAUUCGGUGCUGGUGGUGGAUUCGGUGCUGGUGGUGGAUUCGGCGGCGGUGGAGCAGGUGGUGGAUUUGGUGCCUCAGCAGGUGAAGAAAGGGUCAUUGGCAAUGAGAAGUUCACCAUGCAGAAUCUCAACGAUCGUCUGGCUGCUUACCUGGAGAAAGUGCGGACGCUUGAGAAGGCCAAUGCUGAACUUGAGCUGAAGAUUCGUCAGUUUCUGGACAGCAGGCUGGCUCCUUCUGGCGGUGCACGUGACUACUCUGCCUUCUGGGCUAUUAUCACUGACCUUCAGGCUAAAAUUUUGGAUGCCGUACAGCAGAAGAACACGGUUCACCUCAACAUCGACAAUGCCAGCCUGGCUGCAGAUGACUUCAGAUUGAAAUACGAGAAUGAGCUGUCGAUGCGUCAGUCUGUUGAAGCAGAUAUCGCAGGAUUGAAGAACCUUCUCAAUGAGCUGACCAUGAGUCAGAAAGACUUGACCAUGGAGAUCGAAGGACUCAAAGACGAACUGGCGUACAUGAAGAAAAAUCACGAGGAGGAUCUCUUGGGCGCCCGUGAUCAGAUGAGUGGACAGGUUAAUGUAGAGGUCAAUGCAGCUCCACAAGAAGAUCUCAGCAAAAUCAUGGAAGAAAUGCGUGAGCACUACGAGGGUCUCGUAGCCAAGAGCCGAAAAGCGCUUGAAGGCUGGUUCCAGGAGAAGGCUGAUGACAUCAAACAAGAGGUUGCAGCAAGCACAGAAAGCCUGCAGACAUCUAAAACUGAAGUCAACACGGUGAAGAGCACAUUACAGGCGUUGGAGAUAGAGCUCCAGUCUCUCCUUGCCAUGAAUGCGUCCUUGGAAAACACCCUAUCGGAGACAAAAAAUCGCUACUCUAUGAAACUGGGUGGCCUCCAGUCACAGGCGAAUCAAAUUGAGGGUCAAUUGGUCCAACUCAGAUCUGAUCUUGAACGUCAAAGUCAAGAGUAUCAGACGCUUCUGGACAUUAAGACCAGACUGGAAAUGGAGAUUGCAGAAUACAGGAGACUGCUGGACGGAGAAGCGAGUGGCAGUCUGACAUCUGGGUCAUCGGGCUCCAGCUCCAGCACAAGCACCACCACCACCAAAACAAAGGUGAUCACUGUUGUAGAAGAGGUGGUUGAUGGGAAAGUGGUCUCUUCCUCUACAUCAGCCCUUGUUACAUAAACAAUGCCAGACUGACAUUGCUUGAGAAAUCCAUCUGUAGCGCAUCUCAUGCUGGGGAAAAGUGAUGGUUGUCUGAGCAUUUGUAACAAUAAAAGACAUGUAACUUAACAAA